CAGCAGCUAGUUCAGUUCUUUGUAUUGUCUAUUCACCAUCACAACCGAAGCCAUUUUAUGAAUAAAUAAUGAUAAUAUCAUUUAUUAUUCUGGGAUUCCUGGGGAUUAAUUCUGCCAACGGUUUGAUAUGUUAUUACUGCACCGCAGCAUCUGCAUAUGAUUCCUGUAUACUAGACAAUGGAGUUGCUAGCGGUUGUGACAUGACAUACUGCACCAUUUUUCGUCGAGAACUUAUCGAUCCACCUCAUACCCUAGUGCAAUUUCAACGUACCUGUCAAGAAACUCCUCAGUACAUAAAUGUAGAGGUCAAUGACUCGACGCACAGAACAUUCUAUCAUGCCUGCGCAACAGAUCUCUGCAACACAGGUGAAGGGAGACUCCAGCCCAAUUCCAUAAAACCAAUAAAGGUUGAACCAGGAAAAGUGCUGAUGGUUCCUGGCAUCGGCUCCAUGGCUUCGUCGGAUUUUCCAUCUUAUAUUCUAGUCCCAUCAUUGUUACUCGUUAACUUGUCGGCUCGUUAACUCGAAUGAAUUCUGAAAACACCUGCAAAUAAAUCUUUUGAAUUUACGAUCA